GCUGCUGUUGCCGCUGCUGCUGCUGCUGUACAGGGCGUCGUCCGGUGGCGGAGCGGGGAUCGGCGGAUUGCCGCGGCCCAAGCCUAUGUACCCGCUCAUCGGCUCGGCCCUCCUGAUGCCCAGCGACAUGACAGAAAUUCUCAACGUUUUGAUGGGGUGGAGCAAGGAGUUCCAAGGAUGUUUUCACUUGAAGCUGGGCUCCGACUACGUCAUCAUCAACACACCAGAAGCAGCCGAGGUGGUGUUGAGCAGCAACCAGCACAUUCAGAAGGGCGAAGAGUACGACGGCUUGAAACCGUGGUUGGGUGACGGACUACUGAUCAGCGCAGGCUCCAAGUGGCACAAGAGGAGGAAGAUGCUGACGCCUGCCUUCCACUUCUCCAUCCUGGACCAGUUCAUGACGGCCUUCAACGAGCAGUCGAAAGUGCUUGUAUCUAAACUGCGAGAAACGAACGGCCAAAGGACCGACGUCUUUCCCUACAUCACCAAGGCAACGCUGGACAUUAUCUGUGAGGCCACCAUGGGGGUGCAGAUUAAGGCGCAGCAGGGCGCCCGCUCCGACUAUGUUCGGGCUGUGUACAGAAUGGGCGAGAUCUCCUUUUUCCGCUUCUUGAAGCCAUGGCUCAGAAGUGAUUUCCUGUUUCGUCGGACUUCGUUGUACCAAUCCCAACAAGAAUGUCUAAAGCUUCUUCACGGGUUCACAGAUUCGGUGAUUCAGUCCAGGAGAGAGGAGCUAAGCAAGUCAAAAGACGCGUCCGAAACUCCACAGACGUCACCACAAGGCCGGAAGCGGCUGGCGCUGCUGGACCUGCUGCUGGCCUCCACCAUUGACGGCCAGCCGCUGAGCGAUGCCGACAUCAGGGAGGAGGUCGACACGUUCAUGUUCGAGGGUCACGACACAACUUCGGCCGGCGCCAACUGGACCCUCUACAACCUGGGCCGGCAUCCCGCAUACAGCAGAGAGGGCCUUCGAGGAGGUGGCGGGAUGUCCUGGUGCCACGACCGACCGCGCUACGAGAGCAUUUAG